AAUUUUUUGAACAUGGCUGCGCCGGAGUUCUUCCUUGCAGUGACGCUUUUCUGUGUAGCGCUCUCGUUCGCCGAAGGGACCGAAGGACCGAACGAGCUAGAAGCGAAAGUCACUCCAACCGGGAACGGUUUUGUUUCCAUCACUUUCUCAUGGGACGAGGGCUCCUGCGCCACGAAUUCGACGGAAUACUCACUGCUCUUUGAAGGGUCGAAGACACCGCUGAUAACUAAGGAUUUGAGAUAUGAAGUCCACGACCUCCAGUUCUGGACGUACUACUCAGUUUCGUUGCGGGCCAGUGAACCAUGUCCUCCGACUUGGCUGUCUCGAACAGAAUACACUGGCCAGGGAGAACCACACAGAGUGAAAAAAUUCACUGCCAUUCCUGAUGGAGAAGCGUUGCAGCUGAUUGUCGAGGAGGCUUUCAUGCCGAAGACUGUCACGUCGUACGUGGUGAACAUAAGCGAUUCGUCGAAGGAAGAAAGUUUGGUCGUUGAUCGGAAGAGAUCAGAUGUCAAACAUGAGGUCUGGCGUACGAAACUCCGGAAGAGGCUCGUUCCUGGCAAUCUUUACCGGAUCUCAAUAGCACCCCAAAUCGAAGACGGAAGCGAACGUUAUGUCGGAGACCAGCUCGUUGUGACUGCGAAAGCCUAUGCUAGUCCCUCGAAAUUGACUGCUCUCGUACUCAUGAACAGCCUCAACGCGAGCGGCAAAGUGGAUGUAGAGAUGAAGUGGCAGCUCGAAGACAUCGAUCCCGAUUUCAAAUAUUUCGAUGUCACCUGGAGGAAGACCGACGACCAGAAACCGAUUGGGAACGCGAGAACUCAUUGGAAUAAGUUCUAUCUCGACCAAUUGGACAUCAGGUCAUCUUAUACGGUGGAAGUAGCGGCCGUGUACCGACCUCAUGAGCACGAUAGCUUCGUGCGAAGCGCGAGCAUCAACUUCGAUACGAUUGGGAAGCUGCUCCCGCCAGCCAAUCUUCAAGUCGCUCAUCUGAGCGCGAAUGAAGUACUGCUUGGAUGGAGCGCAGUUCUCCCGUCGGACUCGGGGAUCCAGGUCUCGGAUUUGAAGUUCAACGUUGAAUACCUGGCCCCAAAUAAAAUUAAAGAAUCCGUGAUCGUCAAUACCACCCAAGCGAUCCUGAGAGGUCUCGACAAGUCUACAAAUUACACCACGACAGUGACAGCGAUUCUCGAGAACUGGAUAGACGCUGAGGGCUCUUCCAUGCAGUUCGAGACUCGGACUGAAGAUUGGCCGGCCGCGACCAUAGUGAAAGCUUCGGUCCUUUCGGAGGGAAUCGAAGACAGAGCUGUUUACGAUUUCGGAUGGGAUCUUCCCGAACGCGAAUGCCUGGAGCGUUUCGAAGUCAUUAUAUGCGAUACCAAUUGCACCACAAUACCGAAAUGGCUGGGAGAGGAGCAUCAGGAAUUCAUUUUGGACUACGACGUGGACUUCAACGUUACUGUCAAAACAAUCUAUGAUCAGCCUUUGGGCCAGUCGAUCAUGAGGUUGUCGCAAACCUUCAAGAGCAGGAGCACCGUCGGUCGUCCUGAUUCAGUGGAUUUCAUCGCCAUCAAACAGGAACUCAGGUGGUUGAGUCUCGAAUGGAAGCCUCCACAGAAAACGCGAGGUCCGGUAGACCACUACCACAUCAAAAUCUGGGACGCAUCCAAUCCCCUUCUCGUGAAUUCGGCUAAUUCUUCAGACUUGAGAGCUUUGAUCAGCUUACCUCAUCUUGCGGGGAGUAGCUACAAAGUGACUCUAAGUGCCGUCUCUGUUGACACCUUGACUAGGCAGGAGUUCCUCAGCGAAGUCGUGAACGAAAACCUGCGUGAGAUCGAAUUCUUGCCGCCACCUGCGCGACUCGAGACGAUAAAGCGCAAGGGACACUCCAUCAAACUCCGAGCCGUACCAUCGUCAAUUCUCUCUCCGAUUUUCUACAAAUUCCGGUGGUCAGCGAAUGACAAAGAAUUCGGAGUUGUGGCAUCGAAUGAACACGAAAUCAACAAGCUCGCCCCUUACGAGCGAGUCGAAUACAACGUCAGCGCCUGCUUCUUGGAUUCUGCCGAGGAGCCCCUUUGCGGAGAGCCCAUAUCGUCCAGUGACAUGACCAACGUAGAGAGUCCGCUCGCUGUUAGCAAUUUCUCGGUUGUGGUGAAUGAGAACAAUUCACUUGCGCUCACUUGGGACGAACCAUCAGUCAAGAAUGGUCCUCUGGACGGAUACAUCGUCAGAAUAUAUCAGCCAAGCCUUCAAGCUUCGACGCAACGGAACUACUCCUUGAAUCCUGCGGACUCUGAAUACUUGAUCACUGCCACCGAUGAUAGCACCGCGUACGAUGUGACGAUCGCAGCUUACAACCUAGAUUUGGACACGCACGAGAUAGUGAUGGGUGAGAUCUCUCUAAAGAGUUUACACACCAGAGGCGGAGUGGAAGCAGCCGGUUGGAUCAUACCCGCAGCUUUCCUCACUCUGAUCGCUGCAGUCGGGGUCGCUGUGAUAGGGUUUCACGUGCGUAAAAAGAGGAGCUCGAGAAGGAAAGGCCCGAUAUUGUCCUUUUCUCUCUUAGAUGACGGCUUGGACCGCUGAGAUAUUUGGGUCGAUACACCUAUGCGAGGAAAACCCGAUUUCGGUCCAUGAACAUACCUCGUGUCUGCUUGUUGGCAAUAUAGAAUCGGGCGCAUUCCAGUUGACAAACUCGCCUUCGUUUUUCGAU